AUGGAUCGAUGGAUUCCAAUGACUUUCACACCUACCUGCCCCGUCAACUCUUCUAUUGCUGGCCGAGAUGCACCAGCAAGUGGGCUUCCGGAGUUGCUCAUGCGCGUCUGGUGGUUGACCCCUGAGGUGCGUCUUCGUCGGUUCGUCUUCUUCGGUUCGUCUUCUGCGGUUCGUCUUCUUCGGUUCGUCAACCUCGGUUCGUCUUCUCCGGUUCGUCUUCUCCGGUUCGUCUUCUCCGGUUCGUCUUCUCCGGUUCGUCUUCUUCGGUUCGUCUUCGUCGGUUCGUCUUCUUCAGUUCGUCUUCUUCGGUUCGUCAACCUCGGUUCGUCGACCUCCUGCCUGUCAUACGCUUUACGCCCACUGUAA